AUGGCAGUGCCUAUUAAGAAAUGCGAUGAAAAGUUCCAGACUAUUAUUGACAAACUCCAAUCAAAGCCUCCUCAAUGAAUCGAAUCCCUCUCCAGUCGAAAUAUUGAACUAAAGCCAAAACUUAAAAAAUAUUCUCUGCCUUUUCUUUCACAAAUAAGCAAUAAUUUUCCCUCCUCAAAAAUCAGUCCUAUAAUAUGCGAAACAGAAAGAUAUAGUAUAGAGAAAAUGACAAAAGAAAAACGAUUCCUAAAGCGAGUCCUUAUGCCUUCUCCGAAUCCUCCUCAUAAUUACAAUAAAAUCAAUAGCCAAAAAUUAUAUCCACUUGCAAAUAAUCGUCAUGUUGUAUUAGAUUCAAUAAAUUUAGUUGGAAAAAUUAACACCAGUAGCAAUAUUGUUGAGAAAAACGGCAAAAAUAUUACAAAACUUAAGACAAAAACCCAAAGUUUGACAAAUAUUUUUAAAACUAAAGAAAGCAUAGGAACAAUGGCUAUAGAAAAAGACGAAAAAACACAGAAUGACGACAACCAGAAACUAAAAUUUACUAAAAAAGGAUAUUUUACAGAUCGAAUCCAAGAAAAUUUACAGCAAAACCAGCUUCCAGGAUUUUCUACAGAAAGAAAGAAAAAUAACACUCUACACAUAAGAUCUCAAAGUGAUACCAAAGCUGUCAACUUACUCCCCCCACCUCUCCGUGAGUGAACAAAACCAUUGGAAAAAUCCCUAUUUUUUGCUCAAAAACCCACCCUCCUUGAGUGAACAAAAAUUUUUUUUAAUAGAAAAAAUGUUUUAUAAAAAAAAAAUUUGAUAUAUAAGUGAUAAUUAUUAUAAUGGAAUCUGAGCUAAUUCUGUUUAAUUUUAAACAAAUUGCGUUUUAAAACAUAAAUUUUUAUAAAUUAAAUUAAUAGUUGCUUCCCAAUUUUUGCAAUUUAGGAUUUUUUAAAAUUUCGAAAAAAAAAUUUUCUAUAAAAUUUAUAUAUAAAUGUUUUUCAAACAAAAAAUUAACCUCCCUCCGUGAGUGAACAAAAUGUUUUUGCUCACUCACGGAGGGGCAGAGUUAGAUAAAGGUUUUAUGCUUUACAAUAAGCUUUAUAAUGGCAAUUUUUCUCAAUCGAAAGACCCAUCCCCAAACCAAAGUCCUCCAAUAAUCAGAAUACAGGUCGAAAAAAAUUCUUCUAUGCCAAGCAUCCAAAGCAAAAAAAAUUUUAAUGUCUCAUUUAAUCUGUCAGCAAAUAGUUCAGUUUCUUAUUCGACUAUUAAUAAGGAUGAGCCAAUGUUGACCCGCCAAAAUUCAGAUGGAUCUAAUACAAUUGAACUUUUGUCAACAAACUACAACCAAGAUUUAAGUGGAAUUGAAAAACUACUACAGAAGAAAAAGCCAAUUUUAAAGACUCCGAUUAGGAAACAUAGAAACAUUUUUUAUAAAAAAAAUUUAUUAUCAUUUUUAAUUAAUAAAAUAAAGACUCCAGUCCCUCAAGAACAGCCAAAAGAAAGCAUUGAGAAACUAAAAAAAGACCUUCAUCUUAAUUUUGACGAUAUCAAUAUAAUGGACCUCAGCUCGAUUAGCAGUAUUCCAAACAAACAAACUCCAGAAAGCAUUGAAAAAAUCAUUAUCAAAGAUUUACCGAAAUCUCCAUUUGGACGGCACGAUAGUUAUAAUGAAUAUAAAGACUUCAAAACCCAUUUUCUGCCAAAUACCGAAAGAAAAUUAUCAAUGUAA